CGACGACAUAAUCAUCCUGGUAGUGGUCAUGUUACGCGGUUUUAGGCAGCCUUGUUGUUGGCCGUGGAAACCAGAUACAUAUUAGAUUUUCUUUGUCUAUCCCUCCUGAUGUGUUCAUUCUUUUCCCGAGCACAAUUGACAUCCGCAGUUCCCCUUUCCUCUUGAGAUUUGUCUCUCAACCCUCUUCAACCCUCAUUUCAGCUCAGAUUCUUCAGGUUUCACUUAUACUGUGAAUACAGGCUUUGUUGAUGAAGAAGAUGGGCGGCCUUGGUGCUUCAGCAGCUCUUGUUGUGCUGUCACUGGCAGCAACUGUUCAUGGCCAUGAUCAUCAUGAUAGCUUGCCUGAAGGCCAGGUUAUUUCUGCUGAGCCACUUGAUUCGAUUUUAUGGACCCAUAUCCUUUUGAUGGUAUUGGCCUUCGGCCUCAUUUUUCCUACUGGAAUGGUCCUCGGUCUCGUUAGAUCCCGUUGGCAUGUCCCUGUUCAGAUCGUCGGUGCCGUCGUUGCUUUCCUCGCUUACUUCCUUGGCCAUCUACACAAAGGCCGUCAAUUCUCUACCAAUAUCCAUGCCGCUUUUGCAAAUUCCUUGAUGCUUAUGCUUAUAAUCCAACUUGUUUUGGGGGCAUAUUUGAAGCUACAUCUAUCCAAAGGAAUUCAUGGUAAAUUUCGAUGCUAUGUUGUCACCCUACACGGACUCAUGGGCAAAAUGAUGCCUCUUGUUAGCUGGAUUCAAAUGUUAUUUGGUGGCAUAACUGCCUUGGGUUUCUGUCAUGACGAUCACCUUGGACAGUGCCUUGCUCAUUUUAUUAUGGGAAGUGCGUUCAUUGCCUAUGCGAUCAUCCUUACGAUUCUUCUUUUGGUAGGGCAAGUUUGGCUCCGCAGAACGGGGCGCAGCCAGGAAUUCUUCGACUCACUCGUCAUUACCCUUUGGGGCUGCAUUAAUACAUUUACAGAGCAUCGUUGGGGCCAGCCAUGGAGACACAAUGAUAUGCAACACACAUCCAUGGGAAUCAUCUGGUGGUGUGCAGGUCUUUUGGGUCUCUGGCUCAGCAGAAGACGCAACGGAAGACCACGACGCAAUAUUUUCCCGGCAAUUGUCAUUCUUCUUACAGGCUAUGCGAUGUCUUCCCAUCCACAGCACCUGCCACUAAGUGCGAUGGUUCACUCUGUUUUCGGAUAUACGUUGAUGGCAGCUGGAGCAGCUCGAAUUGUCGAGAUAUGCUUUGUGUUGAAGGAUCGAAGUGCUGUUAGCGAUGAUGGAACUGAAGCGAGCAGUUUUCAGUACCUUACGCCAUUCUUACUCUACGCUUCAGGUUUCCUCUUCAUGGGAGCAACUGAAGAGCAGAUGGAACUCCUCUCAAAUGCAGGAAUCGAUCAUGUCUCUUACAUUUUAGUCCUCUACAGCGUUGCAUGCAUCAUGUUUUUAUUUAUCAACAUCCUCCUGCACAUCUACGGUGUUCACGCAUUCCCUGAGACCGCUAAGUACAACCGGGGCGCCCGAAUGGCACGGAAUGGAUCACGCCAACGACCGCCUCAAUAUCGUUCUUCGACUUCCUUUGCCUUGGAGCGAUUUCAGCUCGAGUCUCCACAAGUCAACGGGCUUAUCCGCACUCCAUCUCAGACCGAGCAAAUUAGGGAUGCACAGGAGUUUGAGCUCGAGGGAUUAAUUGGGGCUGCUGAUAAGGAUCGUGAUGAGGAAGAUAGCCCGGUUACAUCCACCCCUCCUCCUGUUCCUCCCAAACCGGAGGUUUAGGCACUUCAACACCGGGAAUGUAAAGGGAUAUUCUGACCCUGGGGGCAAUUUUAAAUUAGGACGGAAAACAUAUCAGCGCUUUACAGGGUUCGGUCGGGUUUUCUUUGCUGCACAACUUAUCGAUUCUUCUUCUACUGUGUACAUCAUUUCACUUUCAUAAAAUACACUUAUACUGUUUU